AUGGCACCACCUGGAUCAUCACAUAAGCGAAUAAAACAAAUAUCUAUCUCAAAACCAAUUGUGUAUGGCAAUACAGCAACCAAAUUUUCACCUAUUAAUCCGAUACCCCCAACUGCACCAAAGGAUCAUACACAUUCAUGGACUGUCUUUGUUAAAGAUCCAACAGGUAACGAUCUAUCAACGUAUAUAAAGAAAGUUGUUUUUAAAUUGCAUGAUACUUAUCCAAAUUCAACAAGGACGAUAGAAUCACCACCUUUUGAGGUUACAGAAACAGGAUGGGGGGAGUUUGAGAUUUUAAUCAAAAUAUUUUUUCAUACGGAAGGUGGAGAAAAGAAUGUAUUAUUAGCACACCAUUUGAAAUUACACCCUUAUAAUGGAGUCGUUAGUAUGGAUGGCAAAGUGGAAAGUCUAAAGUACGAUGAGAUCGUUUUUAACGAGCCUACCGAAAAGAUGUUUGCACUGUUAACCAAACAACCAGGUACUUUAUUGACUGAUGAUAUGAAGGCGAGAGAAAGAGAAGAACUUGAUAGGAUUUCAAAAGCAAUAGAUACAAUCAACGAGAAGAUUAAAGCUAGCACACAGGAAUUCAAGAAUCUUGAUAAGGAAAGACAGAAUUUGGUGGAAUCGUAG